ACCGCUGUUCACCCAUCUAUUGACAUUUGCUCUGGCAACACUGGCUAACUCUUGUGACUUUUGCCAAUGUCCGAAUUGUUGGGCCGAAAAUUGAAAAAUAUCCUGCGAUUUAUUGCUACCAGAUACGUUCCACAUUUUCUUCAGCAUCGCUCAAAGUCGUCUUGUAAUUGUGUGCUUUUGGAACCCUUCGUUUAGGGUUAUCGUCAACAACUGUCUGCGUAUUUUGUUCGUGUAAAAGUGAUAAGUGCUGUGAUUAGUUUGCUUAUUUUUAUUUGGCUUGUUUGCUGUUUGUUCUGUGCGCCCGUCUAUUACCGUCUCGCCGUAGUGUAUCUGUUUGGAUUUUAGGUAUACAAAGAGCAUCGCUUCCCAUUCACAUCAAUGAGUAAGAUGACUAAAAACAAACUCAAUCUGACGUUGCCGCCUGGCUCUGUGGAUGUUCCCGCUGGACAGCAGACAACGCCAACACCCUCGUUCAAAACACCAUCCGGUACCGAGUACGUAAUUGGAAAGCAUAAUCUGCUGGGAAAGGCGAAAAACAGUAUCGAUGCGCUUACGGAAACGUUGGAAGAACUCGAAAUGGAGGAAAGUGCACGCAAACGCAUUAAGGUGUUUCUCAGCCAGAAGGAAAAAAUCGGCGAACUUAGCGACGAGGAUUUGGAGAAGCUGGGUGAACUCGGCUCGGGAAACGGAGGAGUAGUGAUGAAGGUACGCCACAUUCCCACCCAGCUUAUAAUGGCGCGCAAGCUGAUACACCUGGAAGUGAAGCCCGCGAUCAAGAAACAGAUCAUACGCGAACUGAAGGUAUUACAUGAGUGCAAUUUUCCGCACAUCGUUGGAUUCUACGGUGCAUUCUACAGUGAUGGUGAGAUAAGCAUCUGUAUGGAGUACAUGGAUGGUGGUUCGUUGGAUUUAAUUUUAAAACGUGCCGGCAGAAUACCUGAAGCUAUUUUAGCGAAAAUAACAUCCGCCGUACUGAAGGGAUUGAGUUACCUUCGGGACAAACACGCCAUUAUGCACAGGGAUGUAAAGCCGAGCAACAUACUCGUAAACAGUAGCGGAGAGAUUAAGAUAUGUGAUUUCGGUGUUUCUGGACAGCUGAUCGAUUCAAUGGCUAACUCCUUUGUAGGCACUCGAAGCUACAUGUCGCCCGAGCGUCUACAGGGUACGCACUAUUCCGUUCAAUCCGAUAUAUGGUCGUUAGGGCUCUCACUGGUAGAAAUGGCGAUCGGAAUGUAUCCUAUUCCACCGCCAGAUGCCAAAACGCUAGAUUUAAUAUUCCAGGAUAGGGGAGACGAUAGUUCACCCGGCCAAAGCAUCAUUGAACCGAAACCGAUGGCUAUAUUCGAGCUGCUCGAUUACAUCGUAAAUGAACCACCUCCCAAACUGGAACACAAUUCCUUUACCGAUCGGUUUAAGAACUUUGUCGAUCUUUGCCUAAAGAAGAAUCCCGAAGAGCGUGCAGAUUUGAAAACAUUAAUGAACCACGAAUGGAUUAAAAACAUCGAAACCGAAGACGUUGAUAUUGCCGGAUGGGUAUGCAAAACCAUGGAUUUGGCACCGUCGACACCGAAACGGAACGCGUCACCAUUUGCGAACUAAAUGUCGUUUUGGCAGCGGUGCAUAUGCAUUCUUCAAUACGAAGCAGGAUUAUUUUAACGUUUGAGUUUUAGCUUGUUUAGUGUAACAACCGUAUGCGUGUGCAGUCUUGCAGUGCAGAUCCGCCACGCAUAUUUUAUCGUUUGAGCCUUUUUGCGAACCUUACAGUACUGUAUUUUAAACGGCCAACGGGAAGAAGGCAAGCUUUACGGAUAAGGAUUGUGAUUGUAUUCUAUCCCCAAAAAACAAUGUUAUUAGUUUGCAUUAUUUUAUACGAUUUUUGUUUAUUUCCAUAUACACGAAUCACAUUAAAAAAAAUUAAAAUAUUUUUUUUUUAAAACCGAACUUUUUCUUUUGCUGUUCUUUUCUGUUUUAUUUUGCAUUUAAAGUCAGAACAAAAAAAAACUAUAAUAAACUGCUGUGAGGGGGUUUUAUGUUGGAAGCUAUCGUAUUGCAACCGAAUGCAGUUAAGGAAACAAAUUAUUGCAAUGUUAAAGUCACAACAUUGCGCGAGCGCUCUCUCUGUCUCUCUAACUCUUUCUGCACAAAUUUUGAAAUAUUACAUCGUAUUUGAUAGACUGGAACAACCAAAUGAUUCCAACAGUACGCGUUUUACACUAUGAUUAUGAAACAUAUUGUAUGAAUGAUAUUUUCGUCGCACUUAUUACUACACCUAAGCUCACACCAUCUAUCGCAAAAUAGGAUGAUAUAAUAUGAUAAGAGUAUCCCGUGGAAACAGUGUACAUUGUGACAGAGCCGAAUUGCAAACAUCCACCAAAAACUCUGCUGCUGCAGUUUCGUUUUUGUUGUCUGUCUGUCUAUAGCGAAUAAAGAUGUAUAUUAAGGUAAAUUGCGUACAUAGAAAACAAUAGUUUUAAACAAAAUACAUCUAUUUAUUAAUCUCUAUCCGGAGCAGGGUAGUAAUAUAAACGUUUAUUAAGUGUGUUUGUGUGGAAACUAAACCGAUGAUGCUUGCAUGCUUCAUUCGUUCUGCUGUAAUGUCGAAUCGUUCAUUUCUUCACAGCACAGAAAAGACAUUACUACUGUUCAUUCAUAUCAGUUGGGUAUAGUUUAAAUUGAAGGCACAUAUUUGUUUAGUUUGUGUUGUUUUUCUUUUGCUUUGUCUCCACUUUUGCUUUUCUUCACGAGUAUCUCAUUUCAAUAGUCGCUUUAAAGCUUUAAUGCUUGGGUUUGUCAAUUUAUUAUUAAGCUAAGCUUUUAUUUGUUUGUUAAAUGUUUCCAAUACUGUUUUGUGAUGUUUAUAAAGCACAUACUUUCUUAUAAUCUAAAAAAACACACACAAAUACAAUUGUUCAAAGUUCUGUCAAUGAUAAUAAGUGCGACGAAAAUCUGAAAAUCCGAAAUAUCAAAAUAAUUGAUAAAAAGAAAAACAUUCCAUUACAUAAACUACUAAACCAUCAACCGUUAAGCGCCUAAUUAUAAGUACAGACGAACCUUGCGUGCGGGGUAGAACUCGAGAGAUCUUUUUUGUCGGUUCAGAUUUUGUUUUCUUGUACUCCCACGUACGGUAUCAACUCAUCAAAACAACAUGAAUAGAUACUAGCGGCUAAUCUAUGGUACGUAGAGUUUUCUACGCUACCUGAUUCUACCCUCAAAAAUUGGAUGCAAAUAAAAAUCGUCACAACAAAACCAUUGAUGCUACAAAUCCAGCGCUCAACGUAAA